AUGCCGUCGUUGAACAACUCGUUUGUGGGUGGGGCCGCACAACAAGUGUGCAUCGAUGAGUCCGUAAACACACGAGAAAUGUUCAAGCGUAUCGUCCUGAUGACGAUUCCGCUAAGUUUUGCUCAGCUUGCACAGUUCUCCAUCAACGUCUCUAUGAUUGCUGUCGUGGGAAGAUUGGGCGUAAAUGAGUUGGGCGGCGCAUCGAUUGCAUACGGACUCAUUAAUGCCACGGCAUUCGCCUUUGCCUCUGGAUGUUGUGGAGCAUUAGAGACAGUGCUUUCCCAUACCUACGGCCGAGAUUCCAAGAAUAAGUUGUACGGCGUGUAUACGCAACGCAUGUUUCUCAUGCUGAUGAUUCUUGCUUUUUUGGUGUCUCCAGUUAUUUUGUUCAGUGAUCGCAUUCUUCUGUAUUUGGGGCAAAAUCCUGACGUGAUCGUAUUUACAGGGCAAUUCUGUCGCAUUUGCGUGUGGGGGAUUCCUCCAGCCAUGAUGCUGGAGUUGCUACGACGCUACUUUGCAUGUCAGCAUCUAUCCAACCCCCUUUCUGUCAAUCUUGUGGUGGGUGCCGUGUUCUUUCCGUUUUUACUCAUAGCAUGCGUUUAUUUUUGGGGCUUUGCUGGCGCUCCGGUGGGUUGGUGCAUUCUCAUGGUGUUCAUGUCGGGAAGCCUCCUGCUCUACCUCAUGCUGACGAAAAAGUACAAGGAUACCUGGGGCGGCUGGGACGACGCCGCUUACAGGAAUUGGGGUCCACUUCUCAAGCUCACCCUUCCUUCUAUGGGGAUGAUGUUUAGUGAAUGGAUCUCGUUGGAGAUUAACAAUAUUUUUUCGGGUUUUGGCACACGCGAGGAACUCGCGGCAUUUGGCAUUACGUUUCAGUUAUCCAGUUUGUGUUGGGCUGCAGUCUCAGGCACAUUUAUUGCAGGCUCGGUGUUGGUAGGUAAUGCCAUUGGCAAGGGGAAGCCCAUGUUGGCACGUCGCAUGGCAUUUUAUUGUGUAGCCGUGGGGACCUUCAUUGCACUGCUUAACCUGUGUGUGGUGUUUCUAUUCCGGAAUGUGUUUCCCUACAUGUUCACGGAUGACGCCACGGUGGUUAAAAUAUUUCACUCCUUACUCCCCUACUUUGUAGUCUACCACGUCUUUGAUGUCUUUCAGAGCUGUGUGAUGGGCAUCUUGCGGGGGUGCGGGAUGCAGAAGCUGGGCGCAAUUAUGAUUCUCAUGGUCUACUCCAUUGUGGGUGUCCCACUGGGCGCUUGCCUUUUUCUGAAGACAGACUUUGGCGUCCAGGCAUUGUGGUUUGGUCCCGCCGUUGGCGUGAUGGGGAUGGGGUUUCCUGCGUAUAUGUACCUGCUUUUGCGCCACAUCAAGUGGGCCUCGCUGAAGCCACACACGGACCAACACGAGUUGGCCAACGUGAUUCCGGAGGAGGACGUGGACAGUGUCGUCAUCUGCAACAGCAGCUCGAGCGUGAGCCUGGACUCCAUGGAAGCGGACGGGAGUGCGAAGCUGAAUGAAGGCAAACACCAUGGCACCGGAGAGUACUGUGGUGACGCCUACAAAAACACGGGAUCUUAG